AUGUGUAGCAAAGCGAUCCUAGCACUCCUGGUCUAUGGCAUAAUAAUGCACUGCAGCGUCUACUGCUCACCUGCGGCCGGACUUCAGUACCCGGCGCUCAGGCUGGAGGAUGAAGUCUACGACGAGGACGGGAACACCCUGCAGGACUUCGCCUAUGACCAGGAGCCCCUCGGUAUAGCGAAUCCGUCCUCCAUGAUCGGCGAGAUGUACGCCUUGUACUACCCACCGGAAAAGAGGCACGCCGAUGGGAUCUUCAACAAAGCCUACAGGAAACUCCUGGGCCAGUUAUCCGCCAGGGAAUAUCUGCACUCCCUGAUGGCCAAGCGGGUCGGCGGUGCCGGCGGCGGCCUGGGGGACGAGGCGGAACCGCUGACCAAGCGGCACAUAGACGGCAUCUUCACGGACAGCUACAGCCGCUACCGGAAACAAAUGGCUGUCAAGAAAUACUUAGCAGCCGUCCUGGGGAAAAGGUAUAAACAAAGAGUUAAAAACAAAGGACGCCGAGUAGCGUAUUUGUAGCGAUGAGUAACCAGCCACUCCUGUGUAUACAAAGUCCUGAGAGAGAGAGAGAGAGAGAGAGAGAGAGAGAGAGAAACCCAACAACAACAAAAAAUCUAAACAAAAACAAAAGUCAUUUCCAAACUGACUGAACAAUCACCGCUCCUGUGUUAUCUAAACAUGUAUUUAUGUAUGAAGUAAAGCCAUUAAAUGAAUAUUUUGAUAAUAAUAUUGUUUUUCUUUUGUACAAAAGCACUAGAGAAACGCACAGAUCUACUUUGUGGACCAAUCAUUAAGUUAUAUAUAAUAUAUAAAUAUAUAUAUAUAAAUACUACUACGAAUAGUAAAGAGCAAUUCUUCAUAUAAAGCCUGCACAAGAACAAGAAUUCGCCUGAGCUGUUUAUGUUUUUAUAUAAAAUAAAUAGAAAAAAAAGACAAUCAUUGUUUUGAAUAUUACUCCUAUUUUUGUAACGGAAAUUAAAAGGAUAGUAUUUUUAUCCGCGACAGGGUCGAAGACAUUAAUUUUCACCAUUUGCUACUGUACAUAGAGAAGGAUGCCCUGCUCCCAGGGGAUUAUGAGGAAAAUGAUUUGGGAGAAUUGGUGAAGCAGAUUCUUCCCCCGGUGAGUCUCAAGGCAGGCUCCUUUGCC